AACUUUCCUUUCAGCAUGUCCGCAAGCAUUACCGGAGAAUAUCGAAUCAAUCGCGCAGCAGGAGCGCGAGUCGACUACGCAAUAUUUGUCAAUCCAGAUUACGACACCGGCGUCCAAGUACACGACGCAAUCGAGAGGCUCCAGAGAGCAAUGCCCGAGAAAUCAGUGAACCACACCGCUUUCUUUCCCAUACGCAACCGACCGAUUAGCGUCAGCAUCGAGACAAAACGAGCAAGUAGCUCCCAAGACAAGGCAUUGCUCCAGAUCGGCAUCUGGCAGUCAUCCCAAUGGAAGCUGCUCGCUAACCUGGCUGGCCCAGAGGCCGUACAAAAACUGCCUUUUAUCCCUGGUAUUGUCGUGGAAGGUUAUGACUGGAAGCUGGCGGCCACGACAAUAGAAGGGCAAAAGACUGCACUCUACACCAAGAUACUACUAGGGACGACUGAGACUCCCUUAGGUAUCUAUUUUAUUGUCGCGGCCUUAUAG